AUGUUUAAACAUGAUCUUUCUUCGCCCGUCCCUUCUUGCUUUUUUUCUUUCUUCCUUUCUUUCUUCUUUCUUUUUUCUUUCUUUCUUUCUUUCUUUCUUUUACAUCUUUACUUUCUUCCUUUUAUUCUUAAGAAUAAUUUUCUUUUCUUUUACUUUCUUUAUUUUUUGCUUCUUUCUUUCAUCUUUCCUUCUUUCUCUUCUUUUCUUUCAAUUUCUUUUUUUCCUCCGUCUUCUUCAUCGAAUUCCCCUUUUUUCCUUCUUUCUAUAUUUCAUCCCUUCUUUCCUUCCUUAUUUUUCUCCUAUUCUCUCAUUUUCGUGUUCAUUUAUUUCGAUUUUAUCAUUCUAAUACAUGUCCCUUUUGUCUUUUCUUCAUUGUUGUUUUUUGUUCUUUUUACCUCCUCCUCCUCCUCCUCUUUCGUGUUUCUCUCUUUCUGUUUUUUUUCUCUAAAUUUCAACUUUCUUUCGUUUUUUUCUCUUAAUUUCGACUUACUUCCUUUUUUUCUUUUCUCUCUCCCUCUCUUUCCAUAUGCUUUAUCCUUUUCCAUCCUCUUUCAUAUCUUUCUUUCUUUCUUUCUUUUUUCUUUAGCCUUCCUAAGUCUUCUUUACUUUUCCUUCCUUACUCUUUCUUUUGUCUUCAUAACGCUUUCUUUCUUUCUUUCUUUCUUUCUUUCUUUCUUUAUAACUUUUUCUUUCUUUCCCUUUCGCUCCUUACUCUUUCUUUUGUCUUCAUAA